AAAUUACAUGUGACGACUAAAUUUACCUUGUAGUUACCCAAGUUGUAAUUCAAAACAAUUGCAUUCGAAUUACAAGGGAUUCCUUGACAGAAACUGACUCAACGGACAGUUAGUAAUUAAUAAAUUUAUUAAUAAAAAAAGGAUAAGACCCCUCCCCAAACCAGUUUAUAUCUGACCACUCAUUCAACCUGACCAUGCUUGUAAAUAUAAUCUAAAACAGAUGCAGUAGAUCCGGUUUACUUGGCACUGAAGCAAGCCACUGGUAUCUACGGCCGACGAGGUUCAUCAACACACAAUUUUGAUUCCGCUACACCGUCACCUCGCAAUUUGUCAGAAGCUUCUUUACAAGAUUCUGGAUACGCCGAAGCAAGUUGUAACCGUGGUGCUAUGAUUAGCUCAACACCUCAGUUGGACCAGUCAGGUACAAAUGGAGGGAAGCGCCGUCCGCCUAAGCUGCAGAAACAAAUGAAAUCGCUGUCGCUGGACUGUGCUGACUCACCGCCGUCCGUUGCAAGUGGUGUUUAUUCAAGGAGCAAAUUAACACCGAAACUUAUACAUUGCAACAAUAGCUCCGGGGACAUAUCAGAAUACGAGCGAAGUCGAUCGUCGUCAGGACCAUCUCCUAGCUUAACUCCACGUCGCAUUAGCUCUUCAGAUGUUCUGCAAGGUUCCCAUGUAGUCAUUCAUGAAUACGCAGCUGGACCUGACACAGCCUUAUGCUUAGGCGAUCGAUUGAGAGUUGUUGAUAACGGGGAUCCUGAUUGGCUGUAUGGUUUCAAGACAGGUGACCGAACAGAUCGACUGAUGUCAUUCCCAAGUACUUGUGUUGCAUUGGUGCAACCUGGUGAGCAGCCAAUGUUGCUCAGGCAAAACGUCCACAUACCUGAAGCCAAAAUGAGGCUUUAUCGUGACCAGGUGGUAUUUGCGCAACCUGACUCAAUUAUGGCUGGACGAGUAUUGGUACGUACAGAACGUCAUGCUUUUGUUCAAUGUCCUUUACAGUAUCUGCUGUUAUUAUGAUAUCACAGUGCGCUACUUGAAUCACUAUCAGUCAUUAAUACUACUGUAUUAAUGAUAUAGGUCAUUAUUCUUAUUCACUGAUGUGUAGUGAACAGAUGAUGAGGACAUAAUUUAUUUCAUUAAGGAAAACGUCUCUGUUUAUUAUCAAUUUCGUGUAUGAAAUGUGUUCGCAAUAUUUUUCCAUGAUUACAUUUUUAACGCAGUUUUUUUGGCUAUUCUUUUAAAAAAUAUGAAAAGUGAUUGCCUUGAAAUGAAAAAAACUGUGAUGAUUCUGUCCUUCAGUUAACGUGCUGAUAUGGAUAGCCAUUCUCUCUAACUAUUCGAAUGAUUAUCAAUUUUGCAUAUUUAUUACAAACUUGGACCUUUUUUUUGUCCUAAGUUGAAAUUUAUAAUAAAG